AGGCGAUGGCGGCAGAAGCGUCGGAGGUCGGGUUCGCCUCCUCCACCUCCACACAGGUGGGAAAUAAGCGUCCGCCCUGGGGUACUUCCGAGAGCCAGUGCACUCGCUGCGGGAGAAGGGUGUCCACAGCUUCCGGUUAUAGCCAUAUAUACAUUGCUGGUAUUGAGAAUAACGACUUGGCAUUUUGCAGGAUGAAGAACUGCUCUCCAGACUUUAAAAAGAUGGCUGAUCAUGAUCAGCUAACAGGUUUGGUGCAUUCAACCUCCAUUCACAGGACUGUUCUGAGCUCCUCAAGUGCAGCAUUGGAGACGAAAACUACAGAAGAAAUUGAUGAAGCACUGAAGAUUGCAGGCUAUAAUUUUGAACAAUUAAGUAUUGCUGUAAAAACACUUGAGCUCACACAGAAUCAAACUAAAGAGGAGACAGACGGUCUUAUAGAGAUGGUUGAGAAGCAGUUUGAUAAACUUUUUGCUUCUCUUGUUUCCAGGAAAAAGAAUUUGUGUGAAGAACUUGUAAGAAAUAUGGAUGAUUAUUUAUCACAUUUAAUAAUGACCAAAAGCUACAUUGAACAGAAAAAAAAUGAUUUGGAUGCAGCUAUGAAAAUAGCAAAAGAAUUAAAAUCAGCACCUGCUCUGAGGACAUUUUGUGACCUUAACCAGAUUAUUCAGACUCUGAAGUUAACAUUUGAGAGUGAAUUGUCACAAGUUAAUUUUCUAAAACCCAGGAACCCUCCCAGGUUGAAUAUGAAUUGCAGUGAGAUUAUCUGUAUGUUAAGCAGUAUGGGAAAGAUUGAAUUUGAAGAUUCAACAAAAUGUUAUUCCCAAGAAAAUGAAGUUGGAUAUAAUGUUCAGAAGAAUAAUAGUGAAAAAGAACUUUCUUUUGAUACAUACUCAUCACUAGAAGAGAAACAGGUCGACUUGUCUAUCCUGACUGGUGAUGCACCAGCACCUCCUUUACAGCCAGAGACCACUGACAUACAACCAGAAGGGAGACACACCCAGCCACAGAAAGAGGGGGAAGUGACGUCCCCUAAAGCCAUUGCUGUGCUGCCUCAGAUGGCGUUGAGCCCUGAUGUGAUAAUUGAAGAAAUUAUUGAAGAAAAUCUGGAAUAUUCUCCAGAGCUUGUUUUUGUAAGUCAUGUGAUACACCCUUGUCACUUCUACAUUCGGAAAUAUUCACAAGUGAAAGAUAUAUCAGUAUUGGAGAAGAAAGUGAAUCAAAUUUGCAAUAAGAGUUUACAUCUUGAUCCUUCAGAUGUUUUGGAACUAGGUGCAAGGAUAUUUGUCAACAGUGUUGCAAAUGGAAUGUGGUGCCGAGGAACUAUCACUGAAUUAAUUCCAAUAGAAAGUAAAAAUAUUAGAAAACCUUGUAGUCCAACCAAAUUCCCGGUGCAUGAAGUUGCAGUUAUAGAAAUAUUCAUGGUAGAUUUUGGAAAUACGGAAGUCCUAAUUGUGACAGGAGUUGGUGAUAGCCAUGUGAGACCGGAACAUUUUGCUCAGCAGCAUAUUGUACUAAAUGAUUUAUGCCUUGUUCUAAGGAAGUCUGAAUCAUGUAUUGAAGAGUUGCUGAAAGACAUCCCACCAUUAGCUCAUCCUUGUUCCUUGAAAGACAUCGUUCCACAUAAUUCAAAUAAAGGCUGGAAAGAAGAAGCUAAAGUGGAAUUUUUAAAAAUGGUAAAUAACAAGGCUGUUUUAAUGAAAGUUUUUAGAGAAGACGACGGUGUGCUUAUUGUGGACCUGCAGAAACCACCAACGAAUACAAUAAGCAGUGAUAUGCCUGUGUCUCUUAGAGAUGCAUUAGUUUUCAUGGAACUGGCAAGGUUUAGAUCACAGUCACCAAGAAGUCACACUGAAAAUAAUAUGACUUUACGCUAUCAUCCACCUAUUUUGCCUAAAGAAAGGACAGAUGUUUCUGUUAUGGUUUGUUACAUAAAUAGUCCUACUGAUUUCUAUCUUCAGUUGGUAGAGAACCUAGAUUUUUUACGGCUAUUAAAGACAAUUGAGGAAUUCUAUACAAGUGAAGAUGGGGAAAAUUUGGAAAUUGUCUGUCCAGUUCAAGAUCAAGCCUGUGUAGCUAAAUUUGAAGAUGGAAUUUGGUACCGUGCAAAAGUCAUUGGGUUGCCUGGACAUCGGGAAGUUGAAGUUAGAUAUGUGGACUUCGGCAAUACUGCAAAAAUAACACUUAAGGAGAUGCGCAAAAUAAAAGAUGAGUUUCUAAGUCCCCCAGAGAAGGCAAUUAAAUGUCAGCUGGCGUAUAUCAAACCAUGUGAAAGAACUAUGCAGUGGUCUAAAAAAGCAAAAGACAAAUUUGAAGAAAAGACUCAAGAUAAAUUCAUGACAUGUUCAGUUCUUAGAAUUUUGGAAGAUAAUGCACUCUUAGUUGAGCUCUUUGAUGCCUUUGGUGCUCCUGGAAUGACUCCUACUAGUGUUAAUGACCAGUUAGUCAAAGAAGGCCUAGCAUCUUAUGAAGUAGGAUAUAUCCCCAAAGAUAAUUCUAAAAAGCAUGUUGAAAUAUGGGAUCCUUCUCCAGAAGAAAUUAUUUCACAUGAAGUAAACAACUUAAAUCCCAUCUCUGUAAAAUCUCUACCUAAUGAGAAUUUCCAAUCACUCUAUAACAAGGAAUUGCCUGUGCAUAUAUGUAAUGUCAUAUCUCCUGAGAAGAUUUAUGUUCAAUGGUUAUUAACAAAAAAUUUACUUAAGAGCUUAGAAGAAAAGAUGAUAGCAGCUUAUGAAAAUUCAAAAUGGAAACCUGUUAAAUGGAAAAAUGAUAUGCACUGUGCUGUUAAGAUCCCAGAUAAAAAUCAGUGGCAGAGAGGCCAGAUCAUCAGAGUGGUUACAGACACAUUGGUAGAGGUCUUGCUGUAUGAUGUAGGUGUUGAACUGGUAGUGAAUGUUAACUAUCUAAGAAAACUUCAAGAAAAUCUGAAGACAAUGAGAAGAUUAUCUGUGGAAUGCUCUCUUGUUGAUAUAAGGUAGUUUUUAACUGAAUUAAUUUUUUCUUUAUUGAAUAUUUUAAAUAUUUUUCUUUUUGGAUGAGUUAUCACUUUUAAAUCACUUCAGGAAAACAAUUCAACAUGGCCAUUACCUGUGAAAAUUUUCUGCAGAGAUGAAAAAGGAGAGCGUGUUGAUGUUUCUAAAUACUUGAUUAAAAAAGGUUUGGCUUUAAGAGAAAAAAGAAUUACUAAAUCAGAUACCAUCCACCUACCUGAGAAGUCCGUGCUAAUUCCCUUGGAACAAGGAGAUUCAAUUGUUACUAACUGUAUUAAAAUUAACUUUGACAAUGACAAGAAAGCUGCUGAUAUAACGAAUGAGCACAAGAUACUUGAAUGUAAGGAGAAAAUUUCAGAACAAAGGACCACUGGAUGCUAUAAACCACCAGUUAUUCCUGACAAGAAAAUAUUUGAGGCAGUAGUCAGCUGCAUUGGUGAUGAUGGAACUAUAUUUGUAGUACCCAAAUUAUCAGAAUUCGAGCUACUAAAAAUGAUGAAUGAGAUUCAGAGUACUUUAAAAUGCCUGGGUCUUCUGGAACCUUAUUUCUGGAAGAAGGGAGAACCUUGUGCAGUGAGAGGAUCUGACACUAUGUGGUAUCGAGGCAAAGUAAUCGAAGUUGUGGGCGGCACUAUCAGGGUACAAUAUUUAGAUCAUGGAUUCACUGAAAAGAUUCCACAGUGUCACCUUUACCCCAUUUUGCUAUAUCCUGAUACACCCCAGUUUUGUAUUCCUUGUCAACUGUAUCAUACUAUACCAGUUGGGAAUGUGUGGCAGCCAGAUGCAAUUGAACUUCUUCAGGAGCUGCUUUCAAAGAGAGAAGUGGACAUUCACAUUAUGGAAUUGCCUGAAAAUCCAUGGGGUAAAUUGAAUAUUCAUCUCUAUUUUGAUGGAAUGUCACUUUCCUAUUUUAUGGCACACCAUAAAUAUUGCAGUUUUGAAUAUUCUGAGGAGGUAUUUAAAGAAAAACCAAUGGACUACAAAAAAUAUGAGGAAGAAGUAUGGGAGAUAAACUUUGAGGAAUUGCUUUUGUCCAAAAUGGAGACUCCUGUUUUACAACCAUAUUUGCCUACAUCCCUGCCUCCACCACAAGAACUGUAUGCUGUUCAAGUGAAGCACAUUGUCUCUCCUAAUGAAGUAUACAUUUGCCUUGAUUCUAUAGAAAACUGCAAUCAGUUCAACCAUAGUGACACAAAUGACACUCAGGUUAGCUCAGAAUCAGAAUCGGAGAGCCUUGAAGAAGCAUUGCAGAGGCUUAAUAAAAUUGUGAAGACGUUUCCUCCUCUGACAGACUUUAGAACAGAAAUGCCUUGUCUUGCAGAAUAUGCUGAUGGCUUAUGGUAUAGAGCAAAAAUUGUUUCCAUUAAAGAAUUUAACCCUUUAUCUGUCCUGGUACAAUUUGUUGAUUAUGGAUCAACUGAAAAGUUAACACUGAACAGACUGUGUCAGAUUCCUUUUCACCUCAUGCAGUAUCCUGCCCGUGCCAUAAAGGUUUUCUUGGCAGGGUUUAAACCUCCCUUAAAGGACACAGGGAAGACAAGAAUACCAUAUUGCCCCAAGUGGAGCAUGGAGGCAUUGUGGACUAUGAUAGACUGUCUUCAAGGAAAGCAGCUUUAUGCUUCUUCUAUGGCUCAGGCACCGGAACAAACGGUAACCCUAUAUGAGGAUGAACAGUACCCAGUCCAUACGCCAUUAGUAGAAAUGGGACUUGCAGACAGAGAUGAAUGAUGUAUACACAGCAGAGCAUCUGUAGCAGCCCAGAAGAAAGUACGCUACAUUUAGGCCCUCUCAGACUGCCUGGCCUGUUCUACAGUGGUGCUGUUCUUUCCCACCCUAAUUCUUACAAGUUGA